GACAGAGAGCAGCCAACCUGUGUGUGUGUGUCUGCUGCAUGCCUGCGUGCUGCGCUAUGUAUGUACUGUGUGUGGAUGGUAUAUGCGGCGGGGACAACAGUGCAUUGAAGCGACGGGGAGCGUUUGACAGUUGCGAAUAAUUUUGCAGUGUAAUUACUGUCGGUGACUGUGGUCGUUCACUGUUUCCACGCGUAAAUUAUCUAAUUCGAAUGUGUAAACGAUACAUUUUGACCUGACGAUUAUAUUGUUUAGUUUUUGAGGACAUCAAGAGAGGAAUAUCUAUGGAGAGAGAAUGAGAAGAAACGAAUCAGAUUUUCACAAAUUUCUUCAUACACGACGUAUAAUUCCUCGUACACACACCAUCGCUGGAACACAACGCCACAUCCGUCUGCUGAACGUACGUCCAUGGGUGGAGCUAGUGUUGGAAUUGCGUACUAACAAUUUUGAUAGCUGAUGAUGACUACAGCGAGCAGUUCAAUGGUUUUACGAUUGUAAUCUUUAGGGUUUCCUCUGGAACUAUACAUAACAGUUUUAGGUUUAGAAUUAGAAGAAAGGCAUUCAACGUUUGAGCAUGACUAUGACAUUGUAUGAGAAGACAAGCUGAUUGAGAUUGUACAAAUAUAUUUUGGUACCUAAUGUUUGUUGUUGUCGGUCUGAGUUGUUUGAUUGAGUGAGAAACAUACAACCAUCACCACGGCAGGCUUUAGAACAGAUAACCACCACUACAGCAAAACAAUGGCACAGACAACAAAUAGAAUGAGCUGUGGAGAACUCAAGUAUAAACUCAUUCACCAGGGCACAAUACAAGUGUGCCGCAUAAACCAUGCAAGCAAUGUAGUGAACAAGAUUAUGAACAUGAAAUUUCUCCGAAGAUGGGAGACGCAUGAGCUUGUGUUGGGAGAAAGCACGGUUUACUCAUUAACGCCCACAGGUUUCAUGGAAUACCCUCUCCCCUACUGCAGCAUCACAGACAUCCACCCUUUGACUCGCUGGGAAGCUGGACAGAGUGCUUGCUUGCGGAUUGUUCUGCAUACUGGCUCCUUACUGCUGCAGGGAGCCAACUUGUACAUUCGUGACCAGUGGCUUCAUUCCAUGCAAUGGAAGCGCGCAAUCCACAGGUUCAAGAAACUGCUGUGCAAUACUACAAGACCCGAUGUCUUCAUGAAAGAAGUCAAGGCAAUGGUUGAGAUGACAUUGACCACUUGUGUGCAAGAUCAAGAUGUUUACCAGGUGCCUCUGGAAAUAGUCUCAGAUAUACUCUCACAGAACCGAGAUGUUCUUAACAGCGUGGCCCAAGAGAGUAUUAUCACUGCUGUGGCACCCCUGCUGGAAAACAACCAGCCUUCGCCGGAGAUUUGUGCAUUCUUCAGCAAGCACUGCCGCAACUCUCCUCGAUCCAGAGUGGUACUAGAGAUGUUUACGCCAGUCAUUCAUCGAAUCCUAAAGCAUAACAUGGACUUUGGCAAAAACCCACGACUGCAAGGAUUUGUACGUGACUUUAUUUUGGCGUUGUACAGCAAGAACGACAAGGAGCAGGCUUUGCAGUCAUUCAUUAACAUCAUGCAUGGACCAACAAGCGAAUGCCCUCAUCCUCGUGUGUUGCCCAACUUGGUGGCCAUCUGCCUGGCCUCCAUCGCCAUAUAUUUCCAAGAAUACAAUGGAUGCAGAGUGCAUCCUGAAAUAACCAUCGAGGAUAGCGAUGGGUCUAGUGAUGACAGCGCCAUCUUGCAAGAUGAAGAAACCAUGAUGUGCUUUGUCACCAUCCUGACAAUGACUGCUGGGUUUGUUGACUGGCUGCCCCCUCUGUCAGGAAUGCUUCUACCAAUUCCCUUCCCAAGAGCGGCCCUGCAGAAUAAGCGUGUCACGGGAGCUCUGAGUCAGAUCAUCAGUAAGUUUGCAGCGGAUGAUCGAUGUGAGGUACACACAGCGGUUUGUGGAGUGAGGGACGGUAAAGCUGGUUGGCUGGAUCUCUUCUGCCCAGGAGGGGUGGCUUGUGAUGAUGUGGGACAGAUCUUCUCCCAGAUGCUCCAGAAGUUGAUUAGCUGUUGCUGCAGACGACGUCGUUUCCUGUUGUCCAUUACUCCUCGCCUCUUUGAACCAAUUCAACUUCUAGCCCUGAGAAGAAAUCAAACCUGCAUAGAGAUGCUUUGUCUGAUGUUAGAGUUGGAUAUCCUGCCUGAUGAAGAGGCAUGUAUGCAGGUAACCCAGACACUCAAGAGUACAUCCGAGGGAUUAGAGACGUACAUGCAACUCUGCGAAAAGCAAACGGCUCUCAAGCAGCUGCAAGAGAAAGGAGGUCCCAACGCAUUGUCUCUGCCCUCUAAGUCCACGGAUGUGGACGUUGCUCAACUCUUCAGCUCAGGGCCAUUGGGUAACCUGGAGUGUCUGAACCUUGCCUUCACCCACGUAACCAGUGGAUGUGCUGAAACACUCAUUAAGCUGCCCAAUCUCAAGACAUUAAAUCUCUGGUCAACCCAGUUUGGUGACAGCGGUCUGGAGUUGAUCACAGAGCACAUGCAUUGUCUUGAGAGCCUCAAUCUGUGUGAGACCCAGGUGACUGAUGAAGGGUUGCGCUGCCUGACAGACUUGAAGAAGCUCAACCAUCUGAAUCUGAACAGUACCCCUCUGACUACACGCACCUGCAGAUUACUCCUGGGCAACUUGCCUGAUCUGAAGACGAUUGAUACGAGGUACACUGAUGCCUGACUUUGCUGGAGCAACUCUCAGGUUACUGGCCAUCUGAUCUGAAUGAGUACCUCAACUUAGUAUACAACCUGGAUAUGUCUCCCUGGAUAGGCACCAGUCUGAAGAGGUACCAGUUCUUGAUUACACCUUGUGGCACUGCGACCAUUGAUGAGUCGCAUUGAGUUAAGGAUUUAUAUCAAUACCCUGGUUAGGUGUGAGUAACCCAGCCGCGAAUAUCAAAGAAAAAAAACAGUGUAAAUAAAGUCAUAAUAAAGACAAAUUAUGACAAUUUUCCAUUCUGUCAGACACUGGGUAAAAACAGUCAAAAAGUUGCGUUAAAAAUGCAGCUUCUUUAUAUUUUUUGUUUUGAUUUGACUUGUUCAUUUAUUUAUUUGUUUAAGUUUAUUUGGAGAAAGGUUUUCUAAGCAUUGUAUUGUUAUUAUUUAGACGCAACAAAUUAUUCUAAAGGUACAUCUUCCUGCUUUUAAGCCCAGGCGGUCGGUCGGUCGGUCGAUGGCGGAUCUGGUCAGAGUUCAUAGAGAUGACAUUUGACCUCCCUCACAUUGCAUUCUGCUGGACAGAUGCUUCUGUUGUUGCAAACAUUCGCACACAUUUAUCCAUUUUACACACAAGUAUUAAGUAGAAUUAGCUCUUACUUCACUGAUUCCAAACAGUUUGAUUCGAGGAUGAGGAUUACUGGGGGCGGGGCGAUGGAGCUUUGGAUUGGGGGGGGGGUCAUCAAAGACUGCAUUGCUGCAUGGUUCAUUAUGGUUGAAGGCCACAUCAAAAUGCUCAUGAAAUGCUAGUCAAUUGUUUGUGUGGUUUUUGCACCUUACUUAUGACUAAACUGUAUAUAAUAAUUAUUAUUUAGUGCAAGAUAAUUAUGUAAUUUUGUGCACACAAACUAUGAAAUGUUAAGUGUCGAAAUUGGACAUAAAGGGACGCCCAGAUUGUUGGGCCAUCGAGAUGUGCUUUAAGGUGUAAACUCACUAAUACACGCUGCAAGGCUGCAAGGAAUGGAUUUUGUUUAACGUUUUGGAAGAUGACGUAUGAUAUGUGCAAACAUUGUUAGGGUUUCCAGGCACAAAUAUUGGAAAUAAUCUACUUUUGUGGCCCUCUAUACUCCGUGUUUGUUUUGUCGGCCAUUUUGAGACACUCGUUAGCAGAAGGUACAAUACUGGUCUUUAGAAUGGUUCAAUCAUCCCAAAUUUUACCUUCACUGAAAUAUUAAACUGAACUACAAACAGAAUAAUGCAAUUAAAUGCAAGGUUUUAUUUAAUUUUUGUGGGAUAUUGAAUUUUUUUUUCUACUGAAAGGUGAAAGGUUAUCUAUGAAUAGUUUUGGUAUCAAGUAAGGUCAUUAUUUAAUUUGGGAAAGCAUUUUAAAUUGUGUGCCAGUGACACCAGGCAACUCUACCAUCCUGGGACUAUAUGAUUUUCUUGUUUUGUUUCUGCUUUAUUUAUUUAUUUAUUUUGUUUCCCCCCCAAAAAAAUUGUUGGAAUGAUCAGACCCAUUCUAGAAUACCAAUAUUGUACCAUCUCUAAGGUUAUAUUUUUUGGAGUAAUGUUCGGAGUUACUAGACAGGACCAGAUGAAUAAGUCUGGUUGGUUUUGAUCUGUCUGGCAAACUAAGAGACAAAGAGCAAUAUGAAUGGGAAUUUGCUUGAGCUAGCUUUGUGUAAUCAGACCUCUAAACGGGCUUGCUCAGCACCCCAAACAAAUUGACUCACAGAGAGACCACCAACAAAGGGCUAGAUAGCUCAGUUGGUAGGGCGCCAGUACAGUAAGCUGGAGGUCAUUGGUUCAAAUCCCACUCCAGUGAUUUUUUCUUGUUUUGACCCAAGCUACUGAAAAGAAAUGGAGCGACCAUUGAAUUUCAACCUCCAAAUUUCUUGUAACUUAUUAAGUAGCAGACUAAAGAGGAUUUUUGUACUUGCUUAAAGGAGCUUUAAAAUGUUGGGUGCAUAUAAUGAAUGCAGACUAUUUUGGUAUGACUCCAUUAUAAACAUGUGGGGUCUCAACGCAAGCCUUGUUUAAGAAGAAAUCACACAGAAAAUAAAGCAAGGAUGAAAAAUCUCUGCUACAUCUGUGGUUUAAAGAUGUAAAUUCCACCACUGAAAGCUACAUGUAAGUUGCUAUUAACAAAUUUUACAACUCUACUUUUUAAGCUUUACAAAAAGUGUGAGAGUGUCGAAAUAGAAUUGAGCUGGAACUAUUUUUUACACAGCUAUACAUGUAAGUCAUUUAACUUAGCAUUUUACAAGCAGACUACCGAGCAAGGUCUGUUUUACAUUUUGUAUGCAAAGUUAAUCGGUCAGCAACAUUUAAUCUGCUUAGAGAAUAAUUGCUCUGUAAGCAGCAGCUGUAUAAGAUGAAUUCCCAUGUUACUUUAAGCCUGUAUAAUAAAUGCAUCGUACAAGUAUUUGUAAUGCUCAAAAAUAUGUGUAAGUCAGCAAGUUGCCACCUAUAUUUAAAAGUAUUUUAAACAUGGAAAAAGAAAAAAAAGAAUGAAAAAUAUGUAAAUUUUUGUAUUAGAUGUUGACAAUGUAAUUUGAAAUAUCGAAUUCAACCUCACA